CGAAGACCUAGAAGCGAGCACUACUGACGUGUUCCAAAUGACUACCAGAGAUCAUGUCACAGUGUGUCACCUCCAUCACUAAGACCCCCAAGCUCAAAUCACGAUCGCAUCUAUCAAAACAGACCAUGUCCUUAAUGGCCAACGGUACUCAACAUCAUCGGUUGCCGAACAGAGCCUAAACAUUCUAUGUGAACAUAUCUUUCAUUUCUUGACUGUGGCCCCUGCCAUUUUUUGUCACGGAAUGUCGCUCUGUGACGCUUAGUCAUGGGGUGCUGGUUCCUUGAGGCCUACCCGGCACAGCCCCAUCAACGGGUUCUUUCCCCCGGAAUAGACCCGGAUCUGCCCAGUGAUACGCACCUGCAAGCUUUGACGGACUCAAGAGUCAUACCGCUCGCGUACAGCUGUUGGUGGCGCCAUUCGAUAUAAAGCCGGCCCCCCUCACUGCUCGCAGUACACACGCCGCCGCAUCAUGCCCCGCACCGCGAAAGACAAGCCGGCCGAAUCGAGUGCGCACAAGGGGAAGAGUAAAGCGGCUGCAGAGAGGACGAGGAAGCACAUUCCACAGGCGUGCGAUGUCUGCCGGGCGAGGUACGCACGGGAUGUGUCCCGCAUAUAUCCAAGAGUCGAACGUCGACAGACACAUCCGAUGUGACGGCACGAAGCCUCUGUGUGAGCAGUGCAGGCAAUCCACGCGGAUGCAUGAGUGUACGUGGUUGAAGGGAACGGUUCGCAAGCCGCGGACGGAGGCGCAUUUCGAGGCACUGCGGAAGCAGGUCGACUCGCUGCAGGCGUAUUGCCGGGCUCUCGAGGAACGCGUCGCCAUAUGCUCUUGCCGAACAAAGAGUGAGAGCGAUUCUCUCAGCCGGCCACUGGCUUCCUUCGACGAAGAGGACGAGGAGAAUGACUUUGGGGAUCAGCAAGCUGACGGUGCGUGGGAAGGGGCCCGUGGAGAAGACGUCGAGGAAGAAGAGCUGGACGAUAUAGCACAGGAGCUGUGCAUCCCCGCCCAGGAUCUCAAGCUCGGCGAGCGUGAACUUGAAUCUCACGGCAUCACCGCGCCCUUCCGAUUUCUGGCCGACUCGAUCGAUAACCCACCCGCUCCACCCAAAUCUUCCCAGCUUUCCGAGAAGAACGCGAUCUCCCACGCUGCCGACACUUAUGUAUUCACUCUCGACGGCAGCAACGAAUUUGACCCUACGUUUCAGUGGGCCCGGUAUCUUCCCAAAGAAGUCCCGCUUAGCAGACAGGAGCACGACCGCAUUCUCGAUCUGCUGUUCAAAUUCUUCACGAUGUGGUGCAUGCGCGUCGUCCCGUCUCUCUUUCUGCGGGACAUGCACCGCCAUCUCUCCGUUCCCGGCUCCUCGCCGCCCCCGAAGACGACGCACUACUCCCCCAUGCUGCACAAUGCGCUGAUUGCCCUCGCGUCGGGGUUCUCCGAUGACCCCCGCAUCCGGGACCUCCGGGCCAGGCAGUAUUUCGCCGACGCCGCGAAGCGGUGCAUCGAGGCAGAGUGCAUGAAGCCGAACAUCAGCGUCGUCCACGCGCUCUCGAUCCUGGCCAGCUUCCAUUCCACGCAGGGCGACCAGAUGCUCGGCUAUCUAUACUUUGGCAUGAGCGCGCGGAUAAGCCAGGCGCUUGGGUUGUGCAUGGACGCGCAGCCGUGGGUCAAGGCGGGCCGGAUCACGGCGGCUGAUAUGCAGGAUCGGGGGUGGGCGUAUUGGACGACGUUCACGCAGGAUGUGUGCUGGUCGCUCUAUGUGGGGCGCGAGUUCAGCUUGCCUGCUCCGUCAGAGACUGUGCCAGUCCCGUUCGUGGAUACCGCAUCGGACCAGAUUGCGUGGAGCUACAGCAACUCGGGAUUGGAUCCCCAGGCAAAUUACUUGUCAAGCACGUUCUCUGCCACCUGCGACUUGUUGCUGAUUGCUCGCAAGAUCAUGAAGAUAGUAAAUCGUCUGGCCAAGGUUUCGGGCAGAAGAGACCUCAUAAACGACCACAUGAUCAGCGAAAUUGACGUGAAAAUUCAUGCAUGGAAAAGUCGUCUGAAGCCCGAAGUGGAGAUCAACGCUUCGAACCGAGACUUUGCCACGCCACAUAAGUUGAUGCUGCAUUGCAUGUACUGGUGGUCUUUCAUUCUCCUCCACCGGCCUUUCUUUCACAGAAAAGCCAAGCCGAUGCACGGAUCGGAUCCUGAAGUUGACCAUGUCAAGCUUUGUAAACGGGCAGCGGAGAAUCUCAUGGAUCUCGUGCAGAGCUAUCGAUCGCUCUACAGUCUCAGAUACGUCCCCAUGACCAUGAUCCAAGUCGUGUUCUCCGCAGGAACCGUCUACCUCCUCCUCGCCGCCCGCUCGCUCUCGGGCGCUCGUAUCGGGCACACAACGCUCACAGCCUCCCUGGCCCAGACCGAUCUCUGCAUCGACUACCUGCACGAAAUCGCGAAAUCGUGGUCCUGCGCGACAGCCAUCGCGAACAUCCUGCACGGUCUCAAGGCCGAUAGGAUCGGGCUCCUCCUGCGCAGGCGAGGCAUGGAUAUCACGCAGCAGCCGCUGGAUGAACCCGCGCCCGCUGUUCCUGCCGCUGCUGCUGAGGCGAUGGACUUCAACAUCUUCUCUGCUCUCGACUCGGGCACGAACUACGACUCGGAGAUGUGGAACCUCCUCGGGAUGGUCGGCGGGGAGACGCUGUCGGCGGUGCCGUUCGUGCCGUUCGACAUGGGGUAUCAGGAUGUGGAGUCUCCUGCGCUGCGGGAUGACGAAGCAGGUGCGCGGGACAUGAAUAUGGAUAUGGAUGCACUGUGGAAGGAGCUCUGGCCCUGAGUAUUCAGUCGUUCGCAGUGUAUCAUAUCGCAUCUCACUUGACUUUGGUCUUGGGCUUCAUAAUGACGGUCACGCAGUAAGCAGAUGGCAGAAGGGAAGCAGAAAUCAAUGAUUUGAGAUGACAAGCUCUGCCGUUCUCCCAUCAAGCAUACUCUAUGCGACAGCCCCUCCCCUCGAGCUCCGUCAUUAGCCAGUCCGCUGCAUCGAUUUCGUCCCGCGCCGAUCGCCACCCACCUCCUUCACAUACGAUACGCUCCAAACUCGCAAAAAGCGGGCCACCAUCAAAGAGCGUCUGCAGACACCGCUCGAUCAGUGCCAACCCAAGGGGUGACAUCCUCAAGGCAUCCAGGCGGAUACGUAGGCACACAAGAGCCGAGGCUGCGCCUCGCGGAGUGUUUGCGCCUGAGGCCAUGCUCGCACAGAAGGCAUGAUAGCCGACAGUGUGGACGUUUGGACACCGCUCGAACACGUCGUUGAAUGUAAACCACUCCACUGCUGAGUCCCCGAGAUCGAGUGUACGCAGGGCAGGGAGGACGGGGAACAGGGUGUCCGAGAGACAUUUGGGGCGGAUCGCCAGGUGAGUGAGACAGGGGCGGAACGCGUCGCUCGCGCGGAGAAUCGCGUGAAUAUCCGCCUCGUUCAGAUCUAUUGCGGACAGCAAGUGGAGGGAACGGAGGGCGGGGAAAGGAUCGAGGCAUUCAGGCGCGGAGAGCCCCCUGCCUAUCGUCGAGGAGCUUUUGAGCACCAGAUGCGUGACGUUUGGGGCGGCGGCGAGCAAGGCGAGGAGAAGCGGUCCCGACCAGUCCGAUACGACCCACUCGACAUGUGUGAGCUGCGCCAUCGUAGACAGCGCUCGUCCUCCCGCCGUCCCCACACGCUCCAGUCGAGGAAAUUCGCCCAGCGAGACCACACGCAAAUGGACACAGCGGCAAAGGACGGAUUCGUUCAGGUCGAAGCGGGUGGUCGAGAGCCAGGCGGUGCGGACGAAGCGAGCGGUUUCAGGAUCUUCGAGAGCAUCGGAGAGGGACUGCCAUCCACGAUCCGGUACUCGUAUGUGCGCAUACAACAGCGGCCGUGCCAGCUCGUUCCAUGCCCGACACACGCGACGCAGUGUACGCGCAUUCUAGAGGAGCUUGAAUGCGAGAGGGAUCAUCACUGACGGCUCGCCCGUA